AUGCCAAUAAAAAUACAUACAUACCUAUUUAAGGGAGCAUUUAUCAAUAUGUCAACAAAUAAUAACAAUGAAAAACCUGGUGAUGGAAUCCGUUCUAUGAGAUCUACAACAGCAUUCAGAGUUAUCAACUUUGAACUUUAUGCUAAACCAAAUAUAGUGAUCAUGACUAUAGGCCUUACAUGUUUCGGUCUUACGUUAGGCUAUAUCGCUUACAUGAGACAAAAAUAUGAAUCAAUGGGCUACUAUACUGCUGUGGAUAAAGAUGGAAAAGAAAUUUUUGAAAAACGCAAAUCAAAAUGGGAU